CAAAAUAUUUCUUGGAAUAUUAUUUUAAAUUUAAUAAUACAAAAAUAUGUUUAUGAUAAUACACUCUGUGUCAUUUGGAAUAAAGAUUUCGAUUUCCAAUUGGAAUUGCAACAGACUGAAGUUAACGCAAUUUAUGCUCUAAUAAGUUUAACUAGAAGUGAGGAGAGUGAAUCUUUUGAGUAUGAUGUUGUGGAUCAUAAUAUAAAACGUAACGAACUUAAAGAUAAUGGUAUUCAUUUCGAUAAUUUUGUCGAAAAAUUAACUAUAUCCAUUGAAUAUUCACAUUGCGAGAAUUUCUUAAUAUUUCAAUCGGAUAUACCGAUUUUUGUGGAAGCAUUUACUAAUGCCAGUAAAUUCUCAAUUUGGCAUUCGAUGAAUAAUAAAUUUAUAUUUGCUUAUAAUAAUGAUUCUGAAAAUCAACCCAAUAUUUUAUUGAUUGAGGGAUCUGAAAAUGAUAGAAAUAAUUUUUAUUUGAAAACAAAUAAAUAUGUUGGAAAACGAGCUGAUGGACCCAGUCAAAUGUAUAUACUGGAUUAUUUCAAUGCCGAAACUGAAGUUUUUAAAUAUAAUAUUGAUCUAUUUCCGAAUAAAAUAAAAGAUUUACAGGGGCGUGAGAUUAAAUUAUCUGCUUUAAGUUAUGCUCCGUCCAUAAUUAUUAAGCCACAACAGAAUUCAACAGACAGAAUGGAAGAAUUAAUUUCCGAAGACAAUGCCCCAACUUUGAGUUAUUUAGAUGGUACGGAAGGAAGAAUUGUAUCUGCAUUUUGUGAAGUAUAUAAUUGUACAAUGGAGAUUGAUGAUUCCGAAGAUGAUUGGGGAAUGUUAUAUCCAAAUAUGACUGGGUACGGUGCAUUGGGUUUAAUAUCAAAUAAAAAUGCCGAGAUUUCUGUUGGAGCAAUGUAUUCUUGGUAUACAGCGUAUAGAUGUGCCGAUAUUUCUAUGUAUCUAGUACGUUCUGGCAUUACUUGUGUAGUGCCUGCGCCUGUGCGUUUGGCCAGUUGGUUGUUACCAAUUCAACCAUUUCAGGCCAGUCUUUGGUUGGCUGUUUUUAUAUGUCUAAGCAUUGAAACAUUAGGACUAUUAAUGACACGUAGAAUUGAACAAUAUCUUAUUGAUCAAAAUAAGUCAUGGAUUCAAAGUUUAAAAUUUAGUUAUAUUACUACGUUAAAACUAUUUAUAUCUCAAUCAGGUAGUUCUCAAGUAACAACUAUAUCAGUACGUGUACUUUUAUUUGCGUGUUUUCUAAAUGAUCUUAUCAUAACAAGCAUUUAUGGAGGUGGUCUAGCAAGUAUUUUGACUGUACCCAGUUUUGGUGGUGCAGCAGAUACAUUGGAACGCUUACAGUCUAUGCGUCUUAAAUGGGCGGCCGAUUCUGAAGCUUGGGUUUUAUCGUUAAGAAACAGUGACGAUGAAAGAGUCCGGGAUAUUUUAAAAAAUUUUCAUAUUUAUACAGAUGAAGAGCUAACCCAAUUUGCUUUGGAAGGUAAAAUUGGAAUAACUGUGGAACGUUUACCAUUUGGACAUUAUGCUGCAGGUGAUUAUUUAUCAUCAUCAGCUAUUGAUCAUCUUAAAAUCAUGCUAGAUGAUAUUUAUUUUGAAUAUACUGUUGCUUUUGUUACACGGGUCUGGCCUUUAUUAGAUAAUUUUAAUAAAGUUAUUUAUAUGUGGCAUUCAUCUGGCUUAGAUAAAUUUUGGGAAUGGCGUAUCGUAGCUGAUAAUAUGGAUGAUGAUGUACAAAAGCGUAUUAAGGCUUCGAUGAAUUCUUAUUCGGAAGCAGAUUUAGGUCCUUUAAAAUUGGGUAUGUCAAAUUUUGCUGGUAUAUUAUUAAUAUGGGUUUUGGGAAUUUUAAUUGCUAUUUUGGCAUUUAUAUGUGAAGUGAUUAAAUAUCGUUCAGAGAUGAAAAAGGAUGUAGAAGAGAAGUUUGAAUGCAAUUAA